AUGGCAAAUAAACCCUACAUUCCGCCCCUAAUCGGGUGGUUAUACGAUCUUGUUCUCUGGUCAUUCUCGGUCCUCGUGGACCUGUUCUUUAGGGAGGUUCAUCCGCGUGGCUCAUGGAAGAUUCCUCGAAGGGGCCCGAUGAUUAUCGUGGCAGCUCCUCAUGCCAACCAGUUUGUCGAUUCCUUAAUCCUGAUGCGUGUUAUGCGCAGUGAGGCGCACCGACGGGUCUCAUGGCUGAUCGCGGACAAAUCCUUCCAGCGCAAGUUUAUCGGGCUGUUGGCAAGAGGCAUCGGAACUGUGCCCGUGGCUAGAGCGAUGGAUAAUAUGAAGCCUGGGCAAGGUACAAUUUAUCUCCCGGAUCCUGUGAACCAGCCUACGCUGGUGCGGGGUGUGGGGACCAACUUCGAAGGCCCCGGCUUUGAAAAGGAUGGCACAAUCGCGCUGCCAACUAUCAACGGAACAUCACACAGUGCAGCUAUUGGCGAAAUCCAUGGUCCGGAGGAGUUGAUCCUGAGGAAACCCUUCAGAGCCAAGGAUGCGCUCUUUCAGUUAACCGGUCGCACGGAUAUCACGGACGAUGGAAAAUUCACCGGAGAUGCAUCUGACAGGGACUCUGCAGAUUUUAAAGGCUCCAAAUUUAAAGUGUCGCGGCACGUGGACCAAACCGGGGUUUAUGAAGCCGUGUUUGCGAGACUUAAUGCGGGCGGCUGUGUCGGUAUUUUCCCUGAAGGAGGAAGUCAUGACCGUCCAAACUUGCUGCCCUUGAAAGCCGGUGUGGCUCUAAUGGCUCUCGGUACCUUGGCGGAUAACCCGGAUUGCGGGUUAAAGAUUGUACCCUGUGGAAUGAACUAUUUCCACGCUCACAAAUUCCGCUCUCGCGCAGUGAUCGAGUUUGGAACCCCCCUGGAGGUCCCCAGAGAACUAGUCGAUCAAUUUAAAAAUGGAGAAAGAAGAGAGUCCGUCAGUGCGCUUUUAGACAUGAUAUAUCAGAGUCUUAUGGCUGUCACCGUGACUAGCCCUGAUUAUGAGACAUUGAUGGUUAUUCAAGCGGCACGCCGUCUAUACAACAACAAGGGAAAGAAGCUUCCACUGCCAAUGGUGGUUGAGCUAAAUCGCCGACUGGUCAAGGGAUACACGCAUUUCAAGGACGACCCACGGAUCGUCGACCUGAGGAACUCUAUCGUAGACUACAACAAACAACUGCGCCUGCUAGGAAUCCGUGAUCACCAGGUCGACUAUGCAAAAUUCUCUUUCAUCCAAGUGAUUGCGACAUUGAUCUAUCGUCUGGGUAAAUUGGCGCUCCUCGCGAUCGGAACACUACCCGGUCUCCUCCUUUUCACCCCCGUCUUUAUUACGACCAAACUUAUCUCGAUCAAAAAGUCGCGGGAGGCUUUGGCUGCGUCGACGGUUAAGCUUCAAGCACGCGAUGUGAUGGCCACUUGGAAGCUCCUCGUCGCCCUGGCCUUUGCUCCUGCUCUGUACGCCUUUUAUACUACAGCAUUUACCUUCUGGGCCUACCGUAACCGGAUCAACGGCAUUGUCCCCGAGAGUGUGCCACUGUGGUCGCUGGUGCCCAUCGGAAUGGUCUUAUUCCCAACCGUUACUUUUGCAGCCCUCCGCAUCGGUGAGGUUGGUAUGGAUAUUGUGAAGUCGCUGCGACCCCUUUUGCUGUCGCUCAACCCUUCCUCGGCGAACUCGUUGGUGAAACUUCGCAUGCGGCGCGCUGCGCUCGCCAAGCAGGUCACCGACACCAUCAAUACACUGGGCCCCGAGCUGUUUCCAGAUUUUGAUGCUGCAAGAGUGGUUACCGAUCCUUUCCGCGAAAUCAACCGACAUGCUCCCAAGUUGGAAAAUGAACACCCUCCAACAGUUGAGAUCAGGAUGGCUAGCACAGCGGACAUUGGGGAGGGAUCUUCCACCCAGGAACCUCUUCCGCGUAACGAAUCCUUCCAUAAUCUUGCCAACAUUGGGUUCUUCUCGACCCGACCCCCCAGUCGCAGCCGGAGCCAUAGCCGCAGUAGCUCUUUCGGGGGGCGGCCUGGUACCUCGGGGCAGCAACUGAGACCUCUAAGUCAGCUCAACUCGAAAGAGGGCUUCGAAGAAGUCAGUUCCAAGAUCCGGGACGCUAUGCGUGAACGGGGAGAACGGCGGCGGCGGCGAAGUGAAGACGGCAGCUGGGAUAUGGCCAGCUCCGGACCUGGAACACCGCAUAGCGAGGAGAUCCGCAAGGAUAUCUAA